AUGGAGACAAUUGGCGCCUUACUGCAGCCCCACAGGCGACAGCUGCAGCAUCUGGCGAUUGCGCUGAGCUGUGUAAAGCUGCUGCGGGGCUUGGGCCUGGUUUUCCGCAUGAAGUCGGAUCGCCGCAACGAGGCCAUCUCCAUAAGGCCGCUGCUGGGCGCUUUGGUGCUGGCCGCGCUGGGCAUGCGACUGGCUCAGCUGGGCGGCGAUCGGCUCAUGCUGAAGAUCAAUGGCAGCAGUCUGGCAUUGAACCUGGUCUUUCUGGGCAUGUUCUAUGGCUAUGCCACGCCGGCUUACAAGCGCCGCAUUUGGCGCAGGACGCUGCUAAUUGGCCUGCUGAUUGGAAUCUGUUUGUCUUACACACUGAUCCAGCCGGAGCUGGCGACAGUCAAGCGACACCUGAGCAUCAUGAUGACGGCCACCACAUGCCUGCUGAUUGUGAUGGGGCUGCUGCAAGGUACUGGCGCUGUGCUGGGCUGCCUGAUAUCCAUAAUGGUGGUCACAUCGAAGCUGCUCUAUGCACUCUCCAUGCUGAAUACGUUCAUGUGGUAUCAGAAUCUGUUGGUGCUCUGUCUGGAUCUGCUGCGCAUUGGAUUCGCACUCACGUUGCGGCAGCGGGGCACGGCUUUUGGGGAUUCGAGCCAAAAUUAUCUCAAAUGCUAA